CGCGCGAGGAGGGGAGAGUGGGGGGCAGCCGUUAUUCUAAUGAGCUGCUUCAGUGCCGCGCCGCCGGCGGCUUGUGGACACUUCACUUCAGUCAGCGCCCGGGGCUAGAUCGUGGGAGAGGCGGAUAAAAAAAACCGGGAAUCACCUGGGCAGCCGGCAAUCUGAGGGAGGUUUAGGUGAGAAAGAUGGCUGAGCGACCAGAAGACUUGAAUCUACCAAAUGCAGUCAUUACUAGGAUUAUUAAAGAAGCGCUUCCAGAUGGAGUGAAUGUUUCAAAGGAAGCACGCAGUGCAAUAUCCCGAGCAGCAAGUGUCUUUGUUCUUUAUGCAACUUCAUGCGCAAAUAACUUUGCAAUGAAGAGCAAGAGGAAAACACUGAGUGCCUCUGAUGUGCUUGCAGCAAUGGAAGAGAUGGAGUUUGAUCGCUUUAUAACCCCACUGAAAGAUGCAUUGGAAGUUUACAAGCGAGAGCAGAAAGGUAAAAAGGAAGCUUCAGAACAGAAGAAAAAAGAUAAAAAGCCAGAGAAUGAUGAACAAGACAAGAGCAAGGAAGAUGAGAAUGAGGAAGACAGCGAAGAGGUGAAAAUGGUAGAUGAUGAUCAAAAGGAGAUUGAAAACGAGGAAGAUGAUGUAGAAAACUAAUAUCUGUAAAUGUGGUGUUUGAAGAUUGGCCACUAUUACAAAGAUCCAUUUCCAUGGCCAUUCCAGGGCAUUGUUACAUUGGGAGUACAGGAAGGCAGAGCUGGAACUGUACACUGCUGUUUGUUUUUGUAUAGUUUGCAAAACAAAGCUUUUCUACUUUGUUAACCCUUGUUUUUGUAAAAUUGAAACUGAAUAAUUUAUUCAAAAGA